UCACCUACACUCUAACAAACCACGCACAUCGAUAACCCCCCACGCACUGCCCGACACGUACGCUAGACUCCAGCGACCAUGGCGAUGGCAGCUUUGCUGCUGCUGCUACCACUCUUCUUCCUCGGCGCAUUCUUGGUCCUUCAUGCUGCCCGGAGUGUCAACAAGAAGGCGGGGCUUCAGCCGUACCCGCUGCUCGGCCACCUGCCGCAGUUCCUGGCUAACCGGCACCGCGUAAUGGACUGGAUGACCGAGGUGCUCGCGCGCCAGCCCACCUGCACGCUUGUCUUCCGCCGGCCGGGUGCCGUACCCGGCGUCAUCACCGCCAACCCGGCGAACAUAGAGCACGUCCUGCGCGCCGGCUUCGACAACUUCCCCAAGGGCCCGCGCUUCGGGUCCAUCCUCCACGACUUCCUCGGCCGGGGCAUCUUCAACGCGGACGGCGAGGCGUGGCGUGCGCAGCGGAAGGCCGCCAGCUACGAGUUCAACACGCGCUCUCUGCGAGUCUUUGUGGCCCAGAGCGUGCACAGCGAGCUCCACGGUCGGCUCCUCCCGCUGCUGCGCCGUGCCGUGAGCUCCGGCCAGCCAGUCGACCUCCAGGACACGCUCGAGCGGUACGCCUUCGAUAACAUCUGCCGCGUCGCCUUCGACCACGACCCGCGCCAGCUCCCCGACGGAGACGAAGACGGCACCAGCGCAGGCCCGGAAGCCGAGACCGCGAGCAGCAGGUUCGCGGACGCGUUCCGCGACGCCGCCAAUCUCAGCGCGGGCAGGUUCCGGUACGCCGUCCCAGGAUUCUGGAAAAUCAAGAAGGCGUUUAAUCUUGGCUCCGAGCGGCGGCUGCGCGAGUCUAUCGCCAUGGUGCACGGCUAUGCCGAUCGCAUCAUCCGGUCGCGGCGGAAGGAGAUGAGCAUGGGCUGCGAGAAGCACGACCUCCUGUCCAGGUUCAUGGUGAGCCAGAGCGACAGUUACACCGAGACGGCCCUCCGCGACGUGGUGAUCAGUUUCCUGCUCGCCGGGCGGGAGACGACGUCCUCCGCGCUCACAUGGUUCUUCUGGCUGCUGUCCUCGCAUCCCGACGUGGAGCGCCGCAUCCGCGACGAGGUCGCCGCGGUGCGCGGCCGUCGCGCGCAGAGCGAUCUGAACAAUGUCGGCUUCGACCUCGACGAGCUGAGGGAGAUGCACUACGUGCACGCGGCGAUCACGGAGUCGAUGCGGCUGUACCCUCCAGUACCGUUUAAUACGCUGGACGCGCAGGACGCCGACGUGCUGCCGGACGGCACGCCGGUGGGAGCGGGUUGGUUCGUGGCGCACAACUCGUACGCGAUGGGAAGGAUGGAGUCCGUGUGGGGCGCGGACGCGCCGGAGUACCGGCCGGAGCGGUGGCUGGACCCGGCGGAGGGGACGUUCCGGCCGGAGAGCCCGUUCCGAUACGUGGCGUUCCAUGCCGGGCCGAGGAUUUGCCUUGGGAAGGAGAUGGCGUACAUUCAGAUGAAGUCCAUCGUGUCGUGCGUCCUGGAGGAGUUCGAGCUGGAAGUGAACGGCGAGUACCGACCACUGCAGGUGCCGUCGCUGACGCUGCGGAUGGCGGACGGGCUCCCCGUGAGGGUGAAGGCUAGAGGAAAUUGAGGACGACGAGAGGAUGGGACUGAGUCACAUAGGAGGACGAACGAUGUAGUAAUCCUAGAUGGAUGGAUACUGCAGUUUUGCUACGACUAAAUGAAAACCAUAAUCGCCCUACAACACAACGUCGUCAAUUUCAUAUAUAGCGACAAUACGUCAAUUGUCCAUCAUAAUCCUUUGUAAUUAGUGAUAGUGUAGCUUGCAUCUUCGUGGAAAAAUAAAGUUUGAAAUAUCUCCUAUUUUGGGUUAAACAUCAUAAAUUUCUCACA